AUGAUCAUGCUACUCUCAGCCUUUCUUUGCCUUAUCAUCAUCCUAACAAUGGCGUGGCCUCUAGUCGGGGAGCUUCCCUACCUGCUUUGGAACAUAUCCAACCUCCACGACUACGCCACUCAGCGUCUCAAACUACUCGGCGGGACAACGGUCAACAAGUGCCCUAUGUUUCUCAACUCAUGCGACUACAUCGUCACCAGCGAUCCCAUGAACGCCCGUCACAUCCUCAUCAGAAACUUCGCCAACUACGAGAAGGGCGAAGAUCUCAGGGUCAUAAUGGAAGGGACUCUAGGAGAAGGCAUAUUCAAUGCCAAUGGGGAGUCGUGGAGGUUUCAGAGGCAACUCAUUCAUUCCUUGAUAAACAACAAGGAGUUUGGGGAUCUAGUGAUGCAAACCCUGAGGGUGAAGAUGCAAGGCACCCUGUUCCGUGUGCUCGAUGAUUAUGCAUCGGGCAGAAGAAGUGGCAAGAUUUUGGACAUGCAGGAUGUGGCAAAAAAUUUGGUGUUCGACAAUAUUUGCUCCCUCGUGUUUGGAUUUGACCCAUGUUCCCUCUCCCAUGUCGGGUCUGAUUCCAAGUCGUUGUCAUCAUCAGAACUUCAUGCCUUGUUGUUGGGGAAAGCAUUUGAUGAAAUCGAAGAGGCAGUUAUAUACCGACAUGUUGUCCCCAUGUGGGUGUGGAAAUUCCAGAAGAGGCUUCAUAUUGGAGUAGAGAAGAAGGUGGCUAAAUACUGCAAGAUUCUGGAUGAGUUCUUGUAUGCAAGCAUCGAGAUGAAGAAGCAAGAGUUGUCGACAUUGGGAAACAAUAUCGUUAAUUCCACUACCGAGAGGCGCGACUUGUUGUCACAUCUUUUGGUGGGGGAAGAGAAGUUCUCAAACAAGUUUCUGAGAGAUGUUGCUAUCAGCUUGAUAGUAGCAGGGAGAGACACUGUGUCCUCUGCUCUAACUUGGUUGUUAUGGCUGGUUGCCACCCACCCAGAUGUCGAGAAAAGAGUUCUUGAAGAGAUCAAACAAGUCAUGACAACAACAACAACAUCAUCAAGUGGCGGGCUUCUGAGCGAGGAUGAGCUCAACAAACUAAUAUUCCUCCAUGCAACCAUCUGCGAAACAUUAAGGUUGUACCCACCAUUCCCAAUUGAGCAUAAAUGUGCCGUGGAGGCAGAUGUCCUCCCUACAGGCCAUUGUGUACGUAAGGGAACAAAGAUAUUGGUCUCUAUAUACUCGAUGGGUAGGAUGGAAGAGAUAUGGGGGGAUAACUGUAUGGAAUUCAAGCCGGAGAGAUGGAUUUCGGAACAAGGGAGCAUAAUCUAUGUUCCGUCAUACAAGUUCAUGGCCUUUAUCUCGGGGCCAAGGACUUGUUUGGGCAAGACUAUGGCUUUCAUGCAACUCAAGUCGAUGGCUAGUGCUAUUCUGUGGAAUUACAAGCUUGAUAUGGUGGAAGAUCACGUCGUGAAACCAACACCAUCUAUGAUAUUGUCGAUGAAGCAUGGGUUGAAGAUGAGAGUUUCCAAGAGGGCAUCGAAUUUGGUGAUAUAG